AUUUAAUUCUCAUUCUUAUUCGUUCAGAUAGAACAUGGCGGUGCUAGACAGGAUGUGCAUAAGCUCUUAAAUUUUUGCGUUAGCAAAUAGCAAUAUUUGGUGGGUUCCUACAUUUAACUGAGAGAUUCAUUAAGUGUCUUUUGAAUUGUUAAAAAAAGUGCGAAUCAAAAUAUUUAAUUUAUUUUCGUCUUUAUGGACCAAUUUGCAAUGAAAAUCAUUACUUCAUUGGUGGUGUAAAAAUAAUUGUGACAAAUAUAGCACAUUAUUUCAGAUUAUUUAUUAAAUAAAAAGGAUAUAUUUUCCAUGCUACAUUUGUAACUAGAAUGCUGUAAAGUGGUGUAACCUGAAUCAAUGCAAGCCGUGGGGGACAUGGCUACGCUUAUCCAAGAAAACGGUAUCAAGGAGCUGAGCAAAGGCACUCACGGGGUAGUGACAAACCAUGGCAUAUCAGCUCACAGUGUCGCCAGCCACAUGGUGCCCGACCAUGAGUACUGUGAAACAGCAAAGCCCCAGGAGCCUCAGCAGCCUUGCGUCACCUCCGGCGAGGACGUGCCGAUGGAGGCCACGGCCGAAGACGAGGAGGAAACUCCGGAAAUAGACAUCUUGAUAAACAAUGUUGUGUGCAGUUUUAGUGUUAAGUGCCACCUGAAUUUGAGACAGAUCGCAUUGAACGGUGUUAACGUAGAAUUUCGCCGCGAGAACGGAAUGGUGACGAUGAAGCUGAGACGGCCGUAUACGACGGCAUCUAUAUGGUCGUCGGGGCGGGUGACGUGCACCGGCGCGACCAGUGAAGACCAGGCCAAGGUGGCGGCGCGCCGGUAUGCGCGCGCGCUGCAGAAGCUCGGCUUCCAAGUCCGUUUCCAGAACUUCCGUGUGGUGAACGUCCUGGGUACAUGCCGCAUGCCCUUCGGCAUACGAAUCAUAUCCUUCUCUAAGAAAUACAAGGAAGCAGACUACGAGCCGGAGCUGCAUCCGGGCGUUACGUACAAACUAUACAACCCCAAAGCCACGUUGAAGAUCUUCUCCACGGGAGGUGUCACGAUAACAGCCCGGAGUGUGAGCGAUGUGCAGUCGGCGGUGGAGCGCAUCUUCCCACUGGUGUAUGAGUUCCGCAAGCUGCGCACGCCCGCGGACGAGGAGCUGCUGCGGCAGCGGCGCGCGCGCCACGCCCCGCCCGCGCCCGCGCACCCCGCCCCGCCCGCCACAGACCUGCGCCUGGUGACGCUCUCCGACGACGAGGAGAACGCGCCGCACGCACGCGGACAAGCGGACGCCUGGGAAUGACGACGCCGACGCGCGACCGCGUCUCCAUCGUCGGCGAACUAUCCAGUUCAUGCCAAAGAUAUUUAUUAGAGGUGCUUCGCGCUUCCGAUCGACGAGUUAUCCUGUGCGGCCGCGGCCCCGCCCCCCGAACCACGCCCACGCAAAGCCGAAGUGCUCGCUCUGGAAACGUCUACCGAUUCAGGUUUCUUAAACCCACCGAAUUGAAUUCGGCUCGCAGAUCUUUAUUAGGAAAUCGUUACCUUAGGAUAUUUUACUUUUGACAAUAAAUCGCGAACUCCGCGACUGGAAUGUUUGUGUGAGAAUUUGACGUCGAGUGUGCGUAGAGCGGCACGUUUCCGCGGCGGGCGGGGCGCGGGCGGGGCACGGGCGGGGCGCGGCCGAGGCUCCGUUAUUCAAUGUAUAACGUCUGUUGAGAGCUGUUCUCCGAUACUGAUACUCAAUUCGUAUUCAUUUUUGCCGUUCGUUGCAGU